UCCUAGCGGAAACUCUGUCGGAGGGAUUUGACUGUUGCACGUCUUCAACUUCCGGUACCGACUGUCGCCUUUCUGCCUCUUCUCCCUUCCAGUAUUUGUCAUUGCCAUCGGAUUUAUCUGAGCAGCCAUCAUGACCCUGUUUCAUUUUGGAAAUUGUUUUGCUUUGGCCUAUUUUCCUUACUUUAUAACAUACAAGUGCAGCGGGCUUUCUGAGUACAACGCUUUCUGGAGGUGUGUCCAGGCUGGAGCUACCUACCUUUUUGUCCAGCUCUGCAAAAUGCUGUUCCUUGCAACUUUUUUCCCCACCUGGGAAGGAGGAGCUGGAGUUUAUGACUUUGUCGGGGAAUUUAUGAAAGCAACAGUGGACCUUGCAGAUCUGUUGGGCCUCCAUCUCGUCAUGUCACGGAAUGCUGGCAAAGGAGAGUACAAAAUCAUGGUGGCCGCUAUGGGCUGGGCAACCGCCGAACUUGUCAUGUCAAGAUGUCUUCCUCUCUGGGUGGGGGCCAGAGGGAUCGAGUUUGACUGGAAAUAUAUCCAGAUGAGCUUUGACUCCAAUAUCAGUUUGGUCCAUUAUAUCGCCAUGGCGGCAGUGGUGUGGAUGUUCACACGCUACGACCUUCCCAAAAGCUUUCGCUUCCCUGUUACCGUGCUGCUGGCGCUCUGUGUCUACAAGUCCUUCUUAAUGGAGUUGUUUAUCCACGCCUUCGUGUUGGGCAGCUGGACGGUGUUAUUGGUGAAAGCUGUGCUGACUGGCGCCAUCUCUCUGUGUUCACUUUUUCUCUUUGUCACCUUGGUGCACAGUAACUAAGGUAGCGCCAAGUGAGCUUUUUCUUUUUUUUUGUGGGCCCGCGAUGGAAAAGACAUUCUCUCGUCUAACGACUGAAACACUGAGAUUUUGUGAAAUGGUCCAUUUUGUAUUUUGAUCUCAAAUGAAGCCGUCGCAAGUACCGUAUUUUCCGGACUAUAAGGCGCACCUGAGAACCUCAAAUCUACUCAAAAGCCGACAGUGCGCCUUAUAGUCCAGUGCGCCUUUAUAUAUGGACUAAAUUCCUAAAUUCAAACUGGCCCGAAGCAUUGUGUCAUGAAAUCAAGCAUAAAUGGCCUGCUGAAGACUAGGAAUCAUGAAACAAAAAGACUAUGGAUCAUUAUUUUGUGAUUAUAAAGUCAUUUGUUGCAUCUGAAGUUGAAAUAAAAAAGAUAAAACGGAGAAUGAUUUGAUUUGGAUGAAAAAUCGGACAUGAUGCAUUCAUGGUGCGCCUUAUAGUCCGGUGCGCCUUAUAUAAGGAUUACGUUUUAAAAUGGGCCAUUCAUUGAAGGUGCGCCUCAUAGUCCGGAAAAUACGGUAACAUUCAUGUUCUGCCUUUUUAAGGACUCAUUUAACACCACAUUUUGAUCCUGUAUAUAUAUUUGCUUAGCGCGGACACUAGAAAUGUCAUUUUCCAACUUUGACACGUACGUCAUGAUCUAAGAAGUGAUUUUUCAUCAAGAUGAAAUUUGACCUGUAUGCGAUAAAUGUUUUACGAGUAA